AUGCAGAUACCGCUCGAAUGCCAACCAGGAUUGCUGGCCGUCAACGAUGGCGCUCUGCAGCCCGAGAAUGUUCAAUUCCUCCAUCCGUCGCGACCGGAUGAACCUCUUGACGAGUUACGCCAACGCUAUGAGAAAGAUGGCUAUCUCUUCCUCAAGGGCGUGCUUCCACGGGAAGAUGUCCUGAAGGCCCGAGAUGGAUAUUUUACCAUGAUGCAACCGACGGGGGUUCUGGAAGAGGCGACCCAGCCAGUCGAAGGCAUCUUCAACUCUCUCAAAUUACCCGAGGACUUCCCAGGCAUCGGCGCUGGAGCGGCCAGUAAAAACGGUCGUCCCGGAGGCGAAAAAGCUGCCCAAUUCGUCGACCUAGCUAUCAAUGCCCACUACCGAGAUUGGUAUGCAGAGGACUUUUGUCGUCACCCGGCUUUAAUCAGCUUUAUUGCUCGAUUCACCGGCUGGGACUCGAAUACGCUGGGUUUGCGGCGGUCGCUGCUGCGAAACAACAUUCCUGGAACCAAACCUAUUGGAGUCCACUACGAUCAGAUAUUCUUACGCCAUGGCGAGCCGACAAGUGUGACUGCGUGGGUGCCGAUCGGGGAUAUCAAAUUGACUGGCGGCGGCCUCAUCUAUCUACAAAACAGUGAGCCACUUGGUCAAAAAAUUGAAGACGAUUUCACCAGCAGGGCAAAGGCCUCCGGUCUCACAGGCAAAGAAGCAAAGGAUGCAUUUAAUACAAAUAUGAUGGCCACGGGUCUGCUGUCCGAACACCCCCUCGCCUUUGCACAGGAACACCAACGAGCCUGGUUAGUGGCUGAUUAUGAGGCCGGUGAUAUCGUUCUGCAUAAGCCACAUACUAUCCAUGCUUCUACCAUCAACAAUGAUCUCGAUCGAGUGAUUCGACUGGCUACUGACUUGAGGUUUGUUGACUCGUCGAAGCCGUUUGACACUCGCUGGAACAAGUUCUACGAGGUCGGCGACGGUGUAUAA